AUGGCACCUUUUGGAAAGCUGUAUUCUUUCAUGCCCAAUGGCCGGGUCUUCAAGAUUCUUGCGGCUGCAAAGCUCAAUGGUCUUGAAAUUGAGAUCGCCCCGUACCAGCAUAUGGUAGACAACAAGACACCAGAGUUCCGGGCCAAGUUUCCAGCAGGAAAGGUCCCGGCUUUUGAAGGAGCUGACGGGCUUCUUCUCCCCGAGUCAGAUGCCAUUGCACAAUAUCUGUCACAGUCUGGGCCUUAUUCUGGACAGCUACUGGGUCGUGAUGCCACAACUUCAGCCAAGAUCAGACAGUGGAUCUCUUUCCUUGAUGGCGAAGUCUACCCACACAUGCUAGAUCUUGUCAUCUGGCGAGUGGGAAUUGCACCGUUUGACCAAUCUACCGAGACCAAGGCUCUGGCUCGUCUCGAGUUUGCCUUGGAUGUGCUUGAGAAGCAUCUCGACGGCCGGAAGUGGUUGGUUGGAGACGAGCUCACGUUGGCCGACCUGACAGGCGCAUCUUCUCUUCUCUGGGCAUUUAUGCACAUUAUCGAUGCAUCAGAGAGGAAGCGUUUCCCUAACGUGGUGGCCUGGUACUUGCGCACUAUCGAGACAGAGGAGGUCAAGGAAGUGUUUGGCCCUCCAAACUUGAUUGACGUCAAGCGUGUCCAUGAGUAG